GUGAUUUUGCUUUUUUAUGUUUGUUAUUCUGUUUUGUGAAUGGAAUUGAAAUAAAUCGCUGAUUAUCUUCUUAAAUUGAAUUUAAUCAAGACGAACGGACGUUUAAUUUCAAGUGUUUCAUCGAGCGCGCGCCGCUUGGCGUACACAUAAAGCUUGUACUAGAAUACAUAGUAUGACAAAUACAUAAAUACAUAUGUAUAUAUUUAUUAAGAGUUGCUGAAAUAAAAGUCACAGCGGGGUAUAGUGUGCACUCAAAUCACUACACAAAGUGUGAAGUAGUAGUUGUACAGCAUAGACACACACCUACAUACACCUACAUAUGCUCGCAAAGGUAAAGAUGCAAUCGCACAUUUUCUAAGUAACUGCAGAAGAAGCAGAGUAACUCAUGUGUAGAAAUACACUAGUUUAACACUAGUCAAGUGCUCACUGUCGCGUGUGUCUAACGGACAUAAUUCGCGAUUGUUUCCGCGCGCUGCGCUGUAUGGUGAAAACCCAUAACAUUGCAAGGCAACUGUUAAUCGAAGCAUCGUGCCAUUUCAUAUUUCACAUGGCACUAAAUAGUCAAACUAAAUUAUACCGUUACAACAAAUAACGGCCACCAUAAAUCUCUUACAUCCUUCCACGUAUGAUCCCCGCUCACUACACGUACAACACUCGGUUCUUAACUUGGCGGCGCCAGCGCAAACUAAGAGCAUCCAACAACUAUCGUCAAGCUCCACAGUGCACAGUGUAUUUGUUUUAUUAUGAUUAUAUUUAUGGUGUCUACACACUAUUGUUGUUGGUAGUGUAUGAAAAAAAAAACAAAAAAACAUUGUGCAAAAUAAUUUACUACAACGCUGCGAGUAAACAUUGUGCGCGCGCUCACUGAGUCGCCUAUAAAUAUACACACUGUGCGCUUCAGCCAACUGUAACUGAAAAGUAAUCAUCAGCGUCCUAUAACGCGCCUAUCCAACGACUGUAGCUGCAAACACGAAAUGGCCAUAAUGGGUGGCGAGGAGACGGCGACCGAAACUAUUGACAUGGUGCCUGCGGAGAAGGUGAAACCAUCGCAAUUUGGCGAAUUUUGUCGCCGCAAUGGCAUUAAUCCGAAUUUGAUAAUGUUGAAGAUAACGCUGUUCGUCAUGUAUGGCGCAACAUCAUCGCUAUUGCCCUAUUUAACCAUACACAUGCAAUCGAUCGGUUUAACAGUGGAGGAGAUUGCCAUUAUUUAUCUGGCAUUGCCAUUCACCACAUUCCUCAGUCCACCAAUAACAGGUUUCCUUGUCGACAAAUUUGGCAAAUAUAAACCGGUUGUCAUAAUGAGUUUGCUGUUGAAUGCACUUUUCCAUCAUUCGCUCUUGUUCAUACCGCAGCAGGAAAUUCCAGGUAUUGUGCCAUCGGCGUUCGUUAUGCGCCAUCCGGAUACGGGUGAUAUAGAGGUCUGGUGGUCACCCUGUCCGAGUCGUGAAUGCCCCGAGGAGCCCGAGCUUGAUUUAGCUGUGAGUCAAUGUGUGGACUAUUGUUUGUUGCAGGAGCAACAACAACAACAACAACAACCAUCUUUAUAUGGUCCAUCGCCCGAUUACUAUUCGACAACGCAACGCGCGCCAACAACUACAUCUAUACGAUUACCAACAACAACAACAGCAACAACAGUCACAUUAAGUACAACAACAAUGCGCACAAUUUCAACGACCGCCAUUGAGUCAGCAACAGCAAAAGCAUCAUCCAUAUCGCCGCCAUUGGAUAUAGCUGGCGAUGGUGAUGCUACGUCUCCACCUCCGCCGCCUGAGUUGCCACUACGCAGCACAACAACAACAACUACAGAAACAGCGGCCGCGGCAGCGGCAGCCGCUCGUGCCGAGACAGCAGCUGCAGCGGCGGCCGCAUUUACAACACCCAGCUCAGUGGCCCGUUUCCAAGAUGUACUUAAUAUGUCAUCGACAAUGUUCCCGCCGGUGGUGACGUCUUCUUCGGCCUUGUCAGAGCUGGAGCAGGGAUGGAAUUUGGAAGCUGGUAACGACAGCAUCUUCAACCCGAAGAGUUGGGUACAUUCCGACGGUAGUGAUUCGGCCUAUUUUAUGCUUCAAAUGCAUCCUGACUUGGCUGACCCCAUUGAGCAAUUGGGCAUGGAAAUCGAACCGGAUGACAAUGAGACAGUGACCGAUUUUAAGCAACGUUUCGGUGAGAAACGUCUGUGGGAUAUGCAAAUCAAUGUCACCGAUUUGGAUGAAUUGGAUUUACGUUGCGGUGGUUUGGUGCGUCGCUCCAAUAUGUCACAACUCACAAAUGAGACUGUCAAUUGUAUGGUGCAACGUUGUAUAUUCACAAUGAAUGCACCGGAGAUUUGCCCGCCGGAUUAUAAAGAAUCAGAUGAUCGUGUAUUCUGGAUAUACUUUUUAUUGAGAUUCCUCGCCACAACAAUGUUGUCCGCUGGUGUCACCAUAAUGGAUCCCAUUGCGUUGACUAUGAUUGAGAAGUAUGGCGGUGAUUUUGGACGUGAACGUCUGUUCUCCAGCAUUGGCAUGGCCAUCUUUUCACCAAUUACAGGCAUAAUGAUUGAUUAUUUUUCGCGUGGCCUUGGCUACACAGACUAUUCGGCUGCCUUCUACACCUACGACCUGCUGCUGGUGAUAUCAACAAUCUCUGUGCUGAUGAUGCCAUUGGGCGAUAAAUUACCGGCGGAUAAUGUUUUCCGGGAUUUGUGGAAUUUGCUCAAAAUGCCACAUGUUAUUACGUUCAUCUUCUUCCUAUUCAUUUUGGGCAAUUUUUGGGGCUUCAUCGAGAGUUUCCUCUUCUUGUAUCUGAAGGAGUUGGGUGCACCCAAUUAUUUGCUUGGCAUCACCAUCACUGUUGGCACAGUUAGUAGUAUACCCUUCUUGUAUGGCGCCGAACGUAUCACUCGCAUUUUUGGACAUGUUAAUUUGAUUAUCAUUGCUUUCUUCUCGCAUGCCGGUCGCCUGGUAGGCUAUUCGUUUAUUGAAAAUGCUUGGUGGUGUUUCCCCUUCGAAGCCAUGGAGGCUCUCUCCUGUCAUUUGAUGUGGGUGGCAGCAGCCACUUAUUGUUCUAUUUUGGCGCCGAAGAGCUUAUUGGCCACACUGAUUGGCGUAUUGGGCAUGGCACAUUUCAGUUUGGGUCGCGGUAGUGGUUCCUUCACUGGCGGUCUGCUAAUUGGUCAAUUUGGUACGCGUGACGCUUUCCGCUACAUGGGUCUCUUGGCGGUUGUUGGUGGUAUCGCUUAUGGCUUACUACACUUGGCUUGGUUGCGUAAAUUCGAUCAUAAUAUUGAUGAUUGUGAAGAAGAAGCAGAAGCAAUGGAAAAUGGUGAGACCGAGAAGUUAACAGAGCCGGCGACCAAAGAGCAGGGCACCUCAAUGUCAUUGGAACGUUUGAGUUUGAUGAUUAAAUACAAUCAAAUUGGCAGCUUAACGUCACUGCCACGUGGCUCCAGGGCGGAUAUACACGACCAUUUGUCACAUCGUCGCAGCAGCUAUAAUGUCGAGUCAACACGCGUACCACGGCAUGGCAGUCACAUUGGUAGCGCAUCGAAAGUUGACAUUUUACGCUCAACACUGGAUAUAAAUCACAAAUCCUCAAAUAAUUCGGUGCUGAGCAAAGCCGAUAACAAAACAUCAAAUCAAUCAUUAGGACGAAAUCGUGCCGACAGUGCGCCCAAAUUGAAUCACAGCAAUAUGAAGAAUAUAUCACAGCCAACGCUGGAGGGUGUUGUGCUCGAGGAUCAAGACACCACCAAAGUGAUACCCGAAGAGACCGAUUUGAAUAAUUCAAAGCUCACCGUUGCCAGCCAAGAUGAGGUCAAACACAAUCAAACCAACGGCAAGGGAUCGAGUAUAGCGGAUGAACGAAAUGGCAAAGAUGAUGCUACAUGAUUUGGUAUGCAACAACUGUGUUGCCCAAAUGCAUGCAUACAUAUAUAGGAAUUAAUUAGAUACAUACAAUAUAUAUGUAUAGGAUAUGAGUGAUAUUAACUAAAUACAAAAACAAAUCAAAUAAAAAUAAUAAUAAAAUAGAAAAAAAAAUUUAUUAUAAAAAUUUAAAAAUUUUACUAAAUUACGUAAUCUCAACUGGUUCUGUUGCCACAAUUUUACAUUGUUACGGUUUGUAAAAUAUUUUCAGUUUAUGCGUAACACUACCCACAUUUGGAAGCAAAAACAAAAUAUUACUAUUCCCUAUAUUGCAUAUGCAUAUUUAGUUACAAAAUAAUUGUAUUUGUAUAACAUUUGUUAGACAUAAUGUUCAUUAUCUGCAUAUAUGUUUUUAGCAAAGUGAAGUUGUUUUGUUUGAUUUAUGGUUACAUAUGUAUGUAUUUGUUAGUUUUUAGCAAAAUCGAAAAUCAUUAAC